UUCAGGAAAUUGACCUGUAUUCCUGUCUGCAGAUUAAAGUCACUCCCGGAAGCAAGGCUGCUACAGCUAAUUUAUGUGUUGGAGAUGUAAUCACAGCCAUCGAUGGGGAAAAUACCAGCAAUAUGACACACUUGGAAGCUCAGAACAAAAUCAAGGGCUGCACAGACAACAUGACUCUGACAGUAACCAGAUCUGAACAGAAAAUCUGGUCUCCUCUGGUGACAGAGGAAGGGAAACGUCACCCAUACAAGAUGAAUUUAGCCUCUGAACCCCAAGAGGUCCUACACAUAGGAAGCGCCCACAACCGGAGUGCCAUGCCCUUUACCGCCUCACCUGCCUCCAGCCCUGCCCCCAGGGUCAUCACAAACCAGUACAACAACCCAGCUGGCCUCUACUCCUCUGAAAACAUCUCCAACUUCAACAACUCCUUGGAGUCAAAGACGGCAGCCAGUGGGCAGGAGACGAAUGGCAGAGCGUAAGUAGGCCCGUGCAGUCCGCUCUGGGCCAGU